AUGAAACGCCGUUUCGAUUUUACUACAAAUCAUGAAGUAGAUGCCGACGAAAAGCAACGUUUUAAACCGGACACUAAUCUAGAACGUUUGACCGUAUUUAAAAAUUGGCUGAAUGAAAAUAACGUUGUAUGGGAAAAUGUGGACAUUCGUUCAUCACUACUUUAUACAGGAUUUGCCGUAUACAGCACAUCAUCACAAGAACUGCCUAAUAUUCAAAUUCCUACAAAAUUACUAAUGUCAAAUCAAUCGACACAGAUUAGUACUACAUUUGUUUUACCAACAUCUGAUCAACUCGAUCAAACUGAUGAACAUAUUGAUCGAGAAACACUUAUUCUAGCUCUUUUUCUUUUACAUGAAUGCUCGAAAGGUGUUCAAUCUCAUUGGUAUCCUUAUAUUCAACUAUUACCAGAUACAUUUACAACUACAUUAUUUCAUAAAGAAAAUUAUGUUGAAAAUACAUCGGCGUUUUAUUUAACAGAAACUAUGCGUCAAUCAAUGACUGAAGUAUGGAAUCUGGUUGGUUCAAGUACAUUUCAAUUAGAAGAUUUUCUUUGGGCAUAUACAACUAUUACUAGUCGAUCUUUUAAAUUAGCUGAACUUGGUACUGCACUUAUUCCAUUAGCCGAUCUUGCAAAUCAUGUAUCAUUUACAGAUGAAGCAAAUUUAUAUACGACGGGCAUCAAUAAAGAAACAGAUAGAUUUGUUUUAAAAGCAAAAGAUAAGAAAAUCGUUGAUAAAGAAGAGUUAUGUUUAAGAUAUAAUAGCGAUUUAGCUAAUUGGCAAUUAUUACUCUAUUAUGGAUUUGCCAUUGAUAAUAAUCCAUCGGAUUCGAUUUUACUUGAAUUAAAAAUGGAUUCAAAUGAUACCUAUGAAAUGGAAAUGAAAAAAAUGCUUUUACUUAAUCUAAGCGAAGAUUUGUCUUUGGAUUAUGAGCUCAAAAUAGAUGAAAAUGAACCAAUUAUCAGCGAAAAUUUAUUAGCUACUCUUCGUUUAAUUGUAUUGUCAAUUGAUGAAUUGGAACAGUUUAAUAUAUCCAAUGUAAAUGAACUUCUUUCGUCAAUGGUCACUGUUGAUAAUGAACGACGAGCAUUAAAUAAACUAACAACAUUUCUUAAUGACUUUAAAGAAGUUUCGUUUACAACAACAUUAGAAGAAAAUCUUAAUAGAUUGAAAUCAAAUCAAUUGAAGGAUGAUGAACGAUAUUCAUUAAUCUAUUUAAUUGGUCAAAAACAGAUCGUAGACAAUGCUGUCCGUUGGAUUGAUAAUGCAUUUUCUCAAUUAGAAUAA